GGCCAGUUCGAAAACCAUAUAGUAGCCUUCUUAGAUCAUUUCUUAAGGGUAAAUCAGUUUCAUUUCGUGCUGAAAUUCCAAGGCAGACGUACGCACGCAGUCUCCCACUACGCCCACCGCCCCACUAUUUCCCCCACUUCUGGCAAGCUCUGGCACUCAAGCCCCGUGCCUCGCCAAACUUUCCCCUCUUCCUCCUCGCAGUUCCACCACCUGAUCUCGCAAAUGCCCCAGUAAGCUCCAGAAAUCCAAAACCAUCGGUCCCCUCACCCACCCAUCCACCCCAGGGCGGCGGCACCAUGACGACCCGAUCCAACGGCGACCACCACGGCAACGGCCACCACAACGGCAACGGCCACCACAACGAGGGGUCCUGGUACCCACAGCGCCGCCCGCACUACGGGUACGGCGGCGGGUCCGCCUCCUUCCGCGGCUGCUGCUGCUGCCUCUUCCUGCUGCUCACCUUCCUGGCGCUCCUCGCCCUGGCGGUCGCGCUCGUCGUCGUGCUCGUGGUGAAGCCCCGCAAGCCGCAGUUCGACCUCAACCAGGUGUCCGUGCAGUACCUCCUCGUCUCCUCGCCGACGUCCCCCGCGGCGUCCCCGGCCGGCGUGCCCCCCGUGGCCCCCGGCGCCGCCUAUCUCUCGCUUAACAUCACGCUGCUCUUCACCGCCGUGAACCCCAACAAGGUGGGCAUUCGGUACGGCGCCACGGCGUUCGACGUCAUGUACCACGGGGUGCCGCUCGGGGUGGCGGCGGUGCCCGGGUUCGAGCAGCCCGCACACAGCACCCGGCUGCUCCAGACCCGCGUCAUCGUCGACCGCUUCAACGUGCUCCAGGCCGACGCCCAGGACCUCGUCCGCGACGCCGCGAUCUACGACCGCGUCGACCUCCGUAUCACCGGCGACGUCGGCGCCAAGAUCCUCGUGCUCGGCUUCUCCUCUCCCAAGGUCCAGGUGUCGGUGGAUUGCGCGAUCGCCAUCAGUCCAAGGAGCCAGUCGCUCAAAUACAAGCAGUGCGGCGUGGAUGGGCUAAGCGUGUAGGCACCAACCAAGCCACCGCCGCCGCAGCAGCAGCGGAAGCAGAAGCUGUAAUCCAGUGGAGGUAAAUGAAGUGGAUGGCAGGAUGGGAUCUGCACGUCGAUUCUAACCUCUCUAAUCUCGGGUCUUGAUUCCUUCCUGUACGUGGGGGGUAAAUUUUGAGCUCUCACUCUAGAGGAUGCUGCUGAUUUUGUGAAUUACCACUGCUUGCAAUUAGUAUUCAUAAAUCACCAUUGCUUA